CCUCCGCUAGCAGCUAGCCCUCUUGAAGAGUUCUUGCUUAUAUAUACAGCUGCCAUUGGAGUGCUGCUUCAACACAUCAUCCACUGCUACUCGAGCCAACAAGACAGCUUAUUAUCCAAGUCUACUCCUAGAUCCGUGCCCCAGCCGAAAACACACGCAGCCAGGGCAAGAUGAAGCUUGUUGGAGGCCAGAGGAGGCAGAGGGGGUUCGGCAAGGCCCUCAAGGAGCAGAGGGCCAGGCUCUACAUCAUCCAGCGCUGCGUCGUCAUGCUUCUGCGCUGGAACGACUGAUCCGAUCCGAUCCACCGCCGGACGCCGGAUCGAUCGGCGGAUCGUCUUUGCCCAGAUGCUCCAUCGGGUGCCAAAGUUUUGGGGAUUCUGGUUCUGUCUCCUUGGUGGUGCCAGAAUGGUCGCCGGCUGCUGUACAUAGAGGGCCAGCCAGGGACAAUAUAGAGUAGUACAAAUUAGUGGUGGUAGCAGUAGCACUAGCAGUAGGAUUCACUCUGGUACGGUGUUCAUCGAUCGGGGUCUCUGGCUUUCCCUGAAAACUAGUAUGCCAAUGUACAAUCGCAUCAGUGUGGAAUGCCAAAUCAAUGAACAGAGAACAAGCAAUGGGUCGAUCACAAUGCGCAUGCCUUCAUCGAUUA